CCACCUACACUCCCCACCCUGUGCACAGGCGGGAGAGAGGGAGCGAUUGCUGACCUGUACUCGCUCAAUAGCCGGCGCACUGAACCGGAAGUAUCGGUUCUGCCGGCUUCAAUGGGACGGGACUUCCGUUGUAUCCGUUGCCUGGAGACGGAAGGUGAACAGCGAGGCUGGUGAUGCUCCUCGUCUGGAUUCCUACAUAUUUCUAAUAUCAUGUCCAGCCGUAAAUCUAAAUCAGGAGCUGGAAAAGCAACAAAGAAAUCCAUUCAGCCAGCAAGGAGAGAUUUGGGAGCUCACCCUCCCACCAAAAAUCCAAGCACGUCUGGCCGCAACAAGUCCAAAAAUGACAAGGGAAUGCUUGCUCCUGAUGUGGCCCAUGUUAAAGGCGAAGGCACUAUAGAAGCGAGGUCAGCCAUCACCAUCCAGUGCGCUUUCCGGCAGUAUUUGGCACGUAAGGAGAGGGCAAGGCGGCUGAGGGAGAAGAAGGAGUUCGAGGAACAGAUGGAGAAACUCGAGAGAGAGGCUUUCAUCGCCCUGGUACGGAGAGAGCAGGAGGCUGCAGCAAGGGAGCGAGAGAAGGAGGAGGUGGAGCGAAGGCGCAGGCAGGAGGAACAGAAACGCAGGUACCGCAUGCUGGAGGCAGCUUUCGAGGGCGAUGUGGAGGAGAUCCAAAGCAUACUGAAGGAGGUUUCUGAGUUGGAUACAAAAGAUGGGGUGGCCUUUGAUGAGAUAGGGCAGGUGUUGAGACGACGUCACCAGCUAGACAUGGUGGACUGCACCGAUGCCCAUGGAAACACACCCUUGUCAGAGGCAGCUGGUGGCGGGCAUCCCAGUGCCAUCAAAUUCCUGAUCGAGAAAGGAGCCAAUCCUAAUUCAAAGGGUGUGUACGGACGGACCCCUCUGUACCGCGCAGCAUUUGGGGGCCAUGUUGCUGCUGUUCAGACUCUAUUACAGAGUGGAGCCGACCCUCGGAUCAGCGCCGAGGAUGGUACGAUGCCUGUGGAGGUGGCCCCGACAGACCCCACCCUUAGGACUCUGCAGGACUGGGAUAUUAGCACCACUGUGCUCCUGAGGGAGAGGCUGGAAGCCGAUCUGCAACGCAGGAGAGAAGCCGAGAAGCGGCAGAAAGAGGAGGAAGCCGACAGGAUCCAGAGCCAGGUUUCAGAACUGACGAAGGAACUGUCCCAGUAUCAGCACGAGCUGCAGAAAGCAUAUUGCGAACUCCACAAACGCAUCAACGAGCACGACAAGUGUGUGAGCAAGGACACGGGCAAGACCAACAUCACACUGCAGGCUGUCCACGAUGCAGAGGAACUGCUGGCAGUGAAGAGAUCCGCAGCGGCCGAGGCAGAGCAGAAACUCUCACUGGCCAAGCUGCAGCUGAGGGAGAGGCUUCAGAGAGAAGCGUCAUUGACGGAGCUGAAAAGGACCCUGUGUCACAUUCGGGAGCUGGAUGAUGUCCUGCUGAAGGAUGUGGGUGACAAGAUCAAGCAGGAUGGCAGGUACCAGCCUAAGUGGCCACUCAUUAUUGACCCUUCCGGCCAAGCCAGCACCUUCCUGCGGUACCGCGACACCAACUUCCACAACGCUCUCAAUCCCAGCCAUAUGAAGCCCGAGGUUCUGAGGCUCGGCCUGCUUGGAGCUAUCAGGUACGGCAAAAUGCUUGUCAUCGACAUGAUGGAGGUGAACAUGUUCCAGGUGGUGACAGCGGUGUUUGAGCAGAUCCAGGCCGGACUCAUGGAAAGGCUACUGAGUAAAGAGUUGCUGCAGAAAGAUGGAUUUCUGUCAUUGAUCCAGCCGGGUGAUGGGCCGGAAUAUUCCCGCAAUGAAUUCUCACCCAGCCGAGUGGAGAAAUUCCAGCUGGUACUCCUCACCAAGCAGCAGACCCUCGCGAAAGAACUGCUCAGUGUUUUCUACCCGAUUCAGAUCAUCAUCCAGUAGGCAGGCACCAGCAGAGCAGGCUGCACCCCCCCCCCAACACACACACACAGACAUACACCUUAACAUCCCUGUCUAAAAAAAAAGAAAAAAUAAAAAAAAAGAAAGAAGAAAGAAAGAAGGAUUGCCUGGAUAUUGGAGGAUCCCCACAUGCUCCAUGGAGUUCAAAAUAACUUUAGUAUACAUCUUUAUUUUUUCCCCAAAUAACUAAUAAUUUUAUCUUCAAAGGACAUAUAUAUUUAAUCCUAUCUUUUGUAGAUGGGGUGCCAAAUUUUCAAAAAUAUAUCCUAUUCAUUUCUUAAAUUAUAAGUAAUUUUUUCAAGUGGGAUGCAGCUAUAUAUUUCAUUAUUCCAAGGGUCCAUAGUUAAGUAUGAAUCUGAAUUCCAAGUAACUGCAAUAGCUUUUUUGGCUACUGCCAAUGCAAUUUUUAUAAAUUUAUUCUGAUAUUUAUUAAAAUUAAGUUUCGGUAUUAUCCUUUCAAUAUCGCCUAAUAAAAAUAAUAUUGGGCUAUGUGGAAGUUGUAUUCCAAUAAUUUGUUCCAGUAAAAGUCUUAGAUUUAUCCAAAAAGGUUGAAUUUUAAAACAAGACCAAGUAGAGUGUAAAAAAGUACCGAUUUCUUGAUUCCACCGGAAACAUUGGUCAGAUAAAUUUGGGUUUAAUCUAUUUAUUUUUUGUGGUGUAAUAUAUAAUUGAUGUAAAAAAUUAUAUUGUACUAAUCUAAGUCGGACAUUUAAUGUAUUUGUCAUACUAUCAAGACAUAGUCUUGACUAAUUUUUUUCAUCAAUUUUAAUAUUCAAAUCAGUUUCCCAUUUUUGUCUUGACUUAUGAAUUCCUGGUUUAAUUGUCUGUUUUUGAAUCAAAUUAUACGUAGAAGAUGUAAAAUUUUUUAAUUUUUCCUUUUUGAAUUAAAGUUUCUAUUUCAUUAGGUUUUGGCAUUAACAUUGUUUCACCCAGUUUAUCUCUUAAAUAGGUCUUUAAUUGAAAAUAACAGAAAAGAGUGUUAUUUGAUAUUUUAUAUUUAUUCUUUAAUUGAUCAAACAACAUCAAUAUACCUCCUUCAAAACAGUCACCUAUAUAUCUGAUCCCGUUUUGAAACCAGUUAUAUAAAAGUUGAUUAUCCAUUGUAAAAGGAAUAAGUCUAUUUUGAAUUAGGGUUCUCUUUGCUAAUAAAGAUUUCUUUAUCUCAUCAUCCACAUUUACUUUAUUCCAUAAAUCAAUCAAAUGUUUUAAUGUAAGAAAUUCUUUCUUUUCCCGUAUCCAUUUGGAUUCCCAUUUAUAUAAAAAAUCUUCUGAUAUAUUUUCUCCUAUCUUAUCAAACUCUAUUCUAAUCCAUGCCGGUUUUUCUUAAUCAAAAAAAGAUGCAAUAAAUCUAAGUUGAUUUGCUUUAUAAUAAUUCUUAAAAUUUGGGAGUUGUAACCCUCCUAGGUCAAAUUUACAUGUCAAUUUUUCCAAUGAUAUUCUUGACAUCUUACCUUUCCAAAGAAACUUCCUCACACAUUUAUUCAACUCUUGAAAAAACUUCUGGGGCAGUUGUAUUGGUAAAGUUUGGAAUAAAUAUUGUAAUCUAGGAAAUAUAUUCAUUUUACAGCAUUAACUCUAUCUACUAAUGUUAUUGGUAACAUCAUCCAUUUAUCAAGAUCUUCUUGUAUUUUUUUCAAUAAUGGCAAAUAAUUUAAUUUAUAUAAAUUCUUUAUAUCAUUAUCGACUCUUAUACCUAAAUAUUUUAUACCAUUUGUCAGCCAUCUAAAUUGGGUUACUAAUCGACAUUGACUAUAAUCUCUUUUAGUAAGGGGUAAAAUUUCACUUUUAUCCCAGUUUACUUUAUACCCUGAUAUUUUCCCAUAUUCUUCCAAUCUAAAAGAUAAUUUAUGCAAUGAAUGCAAUGGAAUUGUUAAAUAAAUCAGAACAUCAUCAGCAAAUAAAUUAAUCUUAUAUUCCUCCUGGUUAACUCUGAAGCCCACAAUAUCUGGAUCUGUUCUAAUUAAUUCAGCUAAUGGUUCUAUCGCCAAUACAAAUAGGGCAGGUGAUAAUGGACAGCCUUGUCUAGUUGACCUUGUUAACUGGAAUGAUGUUGAAAUUUGACCAGUUGCCACUACUUUAGCUUUGGGACUAGUAUUUAAGGUUUUAAUCCAUUUUAUAAAAGAUUUUCCUAACCCUUAUUUUUCCAAUACCUUAAAUAAAAAGUCCCAUUCCAAUCUAUAAAAUGCUUUUUCUGCAUCCAAAGCAACUACCACACUCAUUUCCUCCUCCUUUUGUGCCAGAUGAAUUAUACUAAGUAACCGAGUUACAUUAUCCGCCGAUAUUCUGUUUUUAAUAAAGCCUGUUUGAUCCAUAUGUAUUGAUUUUGGUAAAUAUUUAGAUAAUCUAUUAGAUAAAAUUUUUGCUAUUAUUUUAUAAUCCGUAUUCAACAAAGAGAUAGGCCUAUAUGAUGUUGGUUUUAAAGGAUCUCUAUCUUUUUUUGGCAAUACUAUUAGGAUCGCUGUCGAAAAAGAUUGUGGAAGUUUAUGUGUUCUUUCCGCUUGAUAUAUUAACUCCAUAAAGGGAGGGAUUAAUAAAUCUUUAAAUUUUUUUAUAAAAUUCAUGUGGAAAACUGUCUUCUCCUGGAAAUUUGUUACUCUUGACUGAUCCUAGAGCUUCUUCAACCUCUUUUAAUGUAAAGGGCAUAUCUAAUCCUUUCUGUUCUUCUGAAUUCAAUUUUGGAAGAGGUAUUUGUGAUAAAAAAAAAAUUCUAUCUCAGCAGCCUCAUUUUGUGAUUCUGAUUGAUAUAACUCAGAGUAAAAUUUUUUUAAAGUUUCA